AUGGAACGAACUACCACAAAUAUAGGCUACUCAAAGAAGAACCUUAAAAAAUACAAAAACAAUAAAAUUAUUUACUUUUUAUUAGAAACCAACUUUCGUUUUGGUUACCUGACACGGGGCUAUAACAAAAAAGAAGAUUUCUUUAUGAAGCAUUUUUGUUGUUAUAUUUCUCUUUCCAACAGAUUGAAUGCAAUUAUUUCGAUAGUUAGGCGCAUUGCCGUGGCUAUACUUUUUUAUUCGUUCCUUUGA